AAUCACGCAUGCGCAGUCGCUGCCUUCUCCAAGGCAGGGAUGAUAAUUACAUUUCUCUGGGCAGAGCGCGAACACACCUCGCUACAUAGCCCACUCUGGAUAUGUGUGGUUAACUAACAUGAGGCGUUUAGUACAGAGAUAGAUUGUUUUUAAAACGGAACAGCCUCUUGUUUCUUCACUGGACAGCGUUAGUUUCAGCUGCCGUGGAGCGGUUGCCACGCAGGCCGCGGAUCGGGUCUUGUUGCUGGGAGGAGACCAUCCAGACUGGGAGCACUACUAGCAUUAUUAGCUGGCUGGCUACGAUGCUCCGCUGCGGCUGCUGUAUUCUCCACACAGCAGCAGGCCACUGUGAAGCGAGGCAGGUGUUUGGAUAAUCUGUUUACUCCUUCCGGACGUAACUGAAGGGUGACUUGGCGACACCACCACCACACCUUUCCAGGAUGGAUGUUGAUUUGUGUGCUGGCGGGGACAGUACCAGGAGAAAAGUGGAUUUGGUUGGGGUUGCAGAGGGCACAAUGGAAGUCGUACCGUUGGAGAUGUACGACUCCUCCAGAGCAAAAAUAGCUGCCAACCUGCGGUGGUUGUUUGCCAAAGCCUACGGCAUUGAUCAUAUUCCAGAGGACUUAAGGGACCCGUUCUACACAGACCAGUACGACCAGGAACACAUCAAGCCGCCUGUCAUCCGCCUGCUGCUGUCUUGCGAGCUCUACUGCCGUGUCUGCGCCCUCAUCCUCAAGACGGAGCAGGCGGCGUCUCUUCAGUCCCACAUGUCCGUCAUCCAGUCAUUGUCCAGAAAGGGCAUAUAUGUCGUGGAAAGUGACGAUACACCCGUCACAGAUGAGGACCUGGCUUGCGUGCCCAUCAAGAUGAGUGCUCACAUGCCUAUGAUUGAUGCCCUCAUGAUGGCUUACACAGUGGAGAUGAUCAGCAUCGAAAAAGUGGUGGCUUCUGUCAAGCGCUUCUCUACCUUCAGUGCCUCCAAGGAGCUGCCCUUUGACCUGGAGGACGCUAUGGUCUUCUGGAUCAACAAGGUGAACAUGAAGAUGAGGGAGAUUACCGAAAGGGAGCACAAAGUCAAGCACCAUCCGCUGGAGUCCCCCAGCCACCAAAAGUCUCCCUCCAAAUGGUAUUGGAAGCUAGUCCCUGUACGGUAUCGUCGGGAGCACGCUUCAGGCCGACAGCUGCCCUUCUUCCCUCUACUGGAAGACCUGAUGAGGGAUGUUUGCGACGGAGCUGCACUGCUCACUGUGGUCAACUACUACUGCCCAGACCUCAUGAAGCUGGAGGAUAUUUGCCUGAAGGAAGUCCCCUCCAUCGCUGAUAGCCUUUACAACAUUCAGCUACUCAAAGAGUUCGCCAGCGAGUAUCUGAAUAAAGGUUUCUAUCUGACGACGGAGGACAUGCUCUACUCGCCACUCGUGCUCAAGCACAAUGUGAUGGUGUUCAUUGCUGAACUCUUCUGGUGGUUUGAGACCGUCAAGCCAGAGUUUGUCCAGCCCAGAGAUCUCCAAGAGUUCAAAGAUGCUCGAGCCAUAGCUCAGCCCAAGAGUGCCCGCCCAUCAGUGCCUAUCUCCAAUGCCACCAAACGCAGCUUCCUGGCCAGCCCUGGUGCGGCCGAUAACCAGAGCAGCCCCGAAGUCUGUAACAGGUACUUCCUGCACCCAGAAGACUCUGACCCCCUUAAAGGGGGUCCAACCUUCAGUCCUUCCCACCCGCUCCUGCCCCUCCGACAGAGGCAACAAAAGCAGCAAGGAGAAGAUGGUGCGGGUCUCAGAAACCGCUCCAACUCCCUGACUCAGAUGGACGGACAACCUCGAGGCUCUAUUGUUGCAUGGCCCGACAAGAGGCAGAGACCGAUGUCCACACUGAACCCCUACAUGUUUCACUCAGCCACAGACAGCGAUGCAGACGUCGCUUCUGGCGACAGCGUGAGUCUGGCUCGCUCCAUAAGUAAGGACAGCCUGGCGUCCAAUGUCGUCAACGUCACACCCAAGCACCAGACAUCUGUCCACCAGCCUUUACAGGCUGCACUGCGCCGAGUCAACGGCCACAGCCUCCUGGGCAAUGUCAACAUUGAGGACGAGGAAGAAACUGUGGUGGCAUUUGCCAGGACUGAUGGUCCCGUCGUCUCCAAACGGGUUGACGGGACGCAAGCAACUGCCACAGUGGGACCCAAACCUUCCACUGAGUCCAAACCUGAACCAGAUAGCUUUUACUUAGAACCACUGAUGCCUUCCCUGAUCAAAACAGCUAAAGAGAAGUCUGUAUGUCUAAACAAGGAGGAGGAGAGUGGUGAGGGGCCCCACUCUUCAGGGAGGGGCUCUCUACGCCGAGGAGAUGGAGCUGCAUCGGCCGUUCGUAGGAAAGCUCCCCACAGCUUGAACCAAACCUUUACUCCUCCGGGUGAGGAGGCAGGCUCGUCAGAAGAGCCUCAACAGGGUCAGGCAGAUUUUUGCCCCACUGUUACCAGCAGUGUGGACCCCUCAUCCAGAGAGCCAGCUGGGGGUUUCUACCUUCAUUCAGAUUCUGAAGAACCAAAGUCCGGUCAGGGCGUGGACGCUGAGCUUGAAGACCUGGAUGAAGAAGAAGAGGAUCUGGAUGAAGCCAUUACCACUAAAGACCCCAACUGCCCCAGGAAAGCCUUUGAGGAAGAUGAUGAAGAAUCAGCCAAACUCCAAGAGGACAUGAAUGUGAAAGAGCAUGAGGACAAAGACAUGAAUGGUGGCAGCGGUCGCUCUAGCCCCUGUCUCAGCGGUCACUCCCAGGCCAGCAGCAUGGCCAGCGGCAGCGUGCGCAUGACCUCCUUCGCUGAGCGCAAAGCCCAGCAGCAGCGCUUCGGUAGCAACCACGACCUCCGCUCCAGUGCCUCCAGCUCCCAAAGGACCACUCCAGAUGGAUCAGAGAGCAGCGGGCCCCUGGCUUCAUCCUGGAGGCUUAAAAGGGACCAGAGCCCCUCCUCACCGUUGGGAGGAUGCAUUCGUACAGGCGAUGGUAGCGGUGGUUCUAAUGUACUGGCCUCUGAAAUAGUCCAGCUCCGUAUGCAGCUGGAGGAGAAACGACGUGCCAUUGAGCACCAGAAGAAGAAGAUGGAAGUGCUGUCAGCGAGGCAGAGGCAGAAGCUGGGAAAGGCAGCCUUCCUGCACAUCGUGAAGAAAGGUGGAGGCAAGAGUGACACAUUACCAAAUCCACUUAAAGCGGACAUCUCUAAAGAGGAGCACCGUGGGCUGAAAGCACCAUCAAGUAAAGAUGAUUUGUGUGUUGACGCCCUCAGAGGGGACAAAGCAGUGGCGGAAGCCUUAGAAACAGACAAGAAAGGGACCAGCGGAAGCUCCCAUCCAGAAGAAGAGUUGGACCUGAAUGAGUGCAGCCGCUCCAUCGAUCUGUUGAACGAGGCCAUCGGCAGCAUCCAGCAACAGAUGAUGCAGCUGUCGCUGCAGCAGGAGAUGUUGAUGAAACAGAAUGUACAGUCCCCCCCUGGUGCCACUCCACCUCCUCCUGUAACCAGCGACAAAAACAGUGACUCAAAGGCAAAGGCAAGCUUUCACUUUGUGGAGCACCUCUCCACCACCGGCACCACUCCCAACAGGAAACCCCCGAAGCUGAGCUCAGGCCGGAGCUCCAGGUCCAAACCAUCAGAACUAAAGAUAUCCAAGGAGCCGAACCGGCAGGGCUCCAGGACCCUCACCCCCACCCAGAGUGGGUCAGAGACAUUACAUCACCUAAGGCAGUCAGCUGGGGGCAGGUCCCCCAGGACCGACCAGCCCGACAGCCCCAGGACCCCCACAGCAGGAGAGACAAUCGACAGGCCAGGCUCCGGCCACAUUCGAAGCGCUAACUUCCGCCUUCACGACGAGGCGAAUGUGCGCCUGCCGACCCGAGUGGACCUAAAGGCUUUGGCUUCCCCAGAAGUGUCCUUUGACGUGUGCCUGUCCAGCACCCUGAGAGAGUCUGAGCUCAACUCAUCAGAUGGUUCAGGGAAAGAAAAUAUACCAUCCGACGAGGUGCAGCGCAACAAAUCCCAACUGAUCGAGGUCGAUCUGUCGGAGCUGAAAGCCCCUGAGGACGAGGAGGCUGCUGAGGACACGACGACAGACGGGCAGAAGUCAGUCAUGGGCUUCUUCUUCAAGGAUGAGCAGAAGGCGGAGGAUGAGCUUGCUAAGAAGAGAGCAGCGUUCUUGCUGAAGCAGCAGAAGAAAGCCGAGGAGGCUCGAGUCCGUAAACAACAACUAGAAUCUGAUUCGGAGCUGAAACGAGACGAAGCCAGACGAAAGGCUGAGGAGGACCGCUUGCGUAAAGAAGAGGAGAAGACCCGGCGGGAGCUGAUAAAGCAGGACUAUCUGCGGAGGAAGCAGCAGGAGAUAUUCGAGGAACAAGGACUCGUGAAGCCCAAAACCCCCAAAGCCAAGCCCAAGUCCCACAGACCCAAGUCUGUCUUCAGAGAGGAAUCCUCCAGCGAUACUCUCUCCAAGUGCUCUUCUUCCACACCUGACAACCUGAGCAACGCCCAGUCAGGCUCCAGUCUGUCCCUGGCCUCCGCUGCAACCAACGAGGCCGACAGCGUCAACUCUGGAGGGGCUGGCUCCCAGCGCUGUGACUCUGUGGAGUCGUUUCCAGGCAGUCGUAACAACAGUCGAACUGCAGAACGAGACUGGGACAACGGCUCCACUGCGUCUUCCAUCGCCUCCAUGGCUGAAUAUACUGGUCCCAAACUAUUCAAGGAGCCCAGCGCCAAGUCGAACAAGCCAAUCAUCCAUAAUGCAAUCGCUCACUGCUGUCUGGCUGGCAAAGUCAACGAGCCACAGAAGAACCAGAUCCUAGAGGAGUUGGACAAGUGCGAGUCCAACCACCUGAUGAUCCUGUUUCGUGACAGCGGCUGCCAGUUCCGGGCGCUCUACUCCUACUUCCCCGACACGGAAGAGAUACAGAAGCUGACGGGAACGGGACCCAAGAGCAUCACCAAGAAGAUGAUCGACAAGCUGUACAAGUACAGCUCCGACCGGAAGCAGUUCACCGUCAUCCCUGCCAAGACUGUGUCAGUCAGCGUGGACGCCCUGACCAUCCACAACCACCUGUGGCAGAUCAAGAGAGGUGCUGUGCCAAAGAAAAGCGGAAAAUAGCAGAUUUUAAAACCCUCUUUAUCAUCCGAAUCAUCUUAUCGCCAUCUUGCUUGUUUCCUGAAUUGAAUGCAUUGAUGCUCACCGCCAUGCUCGGCCUGGAAACCUGCUCGGGGAGAGGUCGCACUUAAGGACCUGUGGCCCUCUGUAGGUGCCCCCAGGCACAAACAAGGGAAAAGGUAUGUGUGUGUACGUGUGUAUGUGUGUUUGUCACAGGUGGUCUGACGGCUGGUGCUUGCAACAAAAAGAGGAAUGCUGGCUGAAUUAGCUUCUUCUCCCUGUGAUCUCAGUGCGAUCUGUUCGGGUUUCUUUUGGUCCGGCUCGGUUUUUUCUACGACGACCACGAACAAAGCAUGUGGCAUUUCUUUUUUUAUUUUCUCUCCGUCUCUCUCAUACGUGGUGGAUGUUCAUUUUUACAUGAAGUAUUUAUUAGUUCAGCACUGUCAUGGUCGAGAGCUCAGCUGCAGCACUAAAGUCCUUCCUUCUCCUUCGGACGAAUUUGGACAAAAAGGAGGGGACAUUUAUGUCGCUUGUUUUCAGAACAAUCCGAAGCAAAGGGACCCUUUGUACAACCCUUUAGGACUGUCGGACUGCUCUGCUGUCCCAACGAAGCAACAAUCUCUUCCUGCGUGGACUGUCGAAUCUGUCGAAUCAGGCUGGCAUUGCCGAUUUUGCCUCACCAGGGAUCUCCAAAACAAACCUGCUGCUCUGAACUGUCUUCUUCUUUUUGUCACGGGGGGGAGCUCGUCGCGUCUCCCCCUCAGACAUCUGUUGGCCUUUCACGCAUCGUGGUACUAUCGUCUAUUUAUUCAACCGCUUUUUAAACUUAGACGCUGAUCGUGUAGCACUGGAUAUGUGUAUAGCAAAAAAAAAAAAAAUGAACGGUCAUUUUAAAUACUUUUAUUUGACAAAACAUCCUUUUCUUGAGGGUGUCAGGAGGGGGAAUGAUAUGUUUUGGUACAGAAAUGAUGCUUUUUUUGUUUUGUUUCAGCUUUUUUUUUACUUUUAUUAUGAUUAAAGCAACGUGGUAUAGAGUCUGAUCUGAUGUUAUGUGUUUUCAUCAUAACGGGAAUUCUCUGAUGUUUAGAGCUUAGUUGUGUUUUUCUCUCUCUCCACUGGGCACUCUUGAAUUGUCCUGUAUAAAGGUGCACUCAUGAACACUUGUCGACGGCUUCUUUCAUGCAAUGUAACUCCCCUCUCUCCCUCCUUUCCCUCCCUGAGUGUUUUUGUCGGCCUGUCGUCCCGUCUUUAACCACGAGAGCGGCACUCGCACUCUUGUUGUGAAGGGUGUUUUUCGUGCCGCUCUGUAACCGCUUCGAAUGACAGUAUUUGAUAUAUUCACAAAAGGGGUUUCUGUGUCGGGGGGACGGGGGAUUGUGGUUCAGUUAUGUACCAACAUUAAAGAACAUUCCUCCAAGGUGUUGACGAACACUGCCACGUCGUCUCUCUCUUCUCUCUGUCUUUUAAAGAAAAAGAAAAAAAAAUCAAAGUGCUUUUUUUAAUAACCGUUUGUUGGCCUCGAGAACAACCAGAAGUGUUGCACGAGCACUUUACUUUCUGUCUGUUGUUACCUUUUGAAUGGGCAUAAGAACUAAUUGAUAACACUGCUGUUGUGCGUAAAAUUGUUUAAAACUAAACCAAACGCUAAGAUUUAAUACUGACGUCUAAAGCUAAAGGAUCUCCGCUGAUAUGAUACUACUGCUGUCUCCAAAAACAACCGAAUACUUGAUUUCUCAUUUGCUGCAUAUUGAUUUGUUUUUGGGUGGAGGAGGAGGAGGAGGUGCCAGAUCCUUAAAUUGUAUGCCAGUGUGUUUCUAUGUUAACUAAAAGAUUGUAUUGGCAUUUGGUCACUGUUGUUUUGUUACACUAGUGUACUAUUUCAUCCUUGUUGAUUUUUAUCUUUGAUCCCAUGCCAUCUAUUUAUUUUCAAAAAAUGGAAGCACUGAAACAGAAUAAAUUUUCAAGUGAAUAAAAGUCACAUUUUUCAUUUUUA